AUGAGGGUAGUUACUACAGAGGCACCACAGUUUUGGCUCUGUGAAGAAUGUGAGAGAAAAAAGUUGUUUUCACCAACAAAAACAACCGAUAAAGAACAAAUACCUGAAGUUUUAAUACAGAAAAACACAAGGGUACUAAAAAGUCCAAACAAAAGUGCUUUUGCUAGCCGAUUUAACUUCAAGGAGAAGAGGGUGAACACAGGAAGAACAAAAUAUAUCAGUUGUGAUGAAGCAGUUAAACUUUCUUCAGGUGUUAACAAGUCUGAACAACAUCCACCUUCUUCAAGAAAUAAUGGUUUCAGUUGUAAACAUGGAUCAUCAAGAUCCAUGCCACCACCACAUUCUAUCAAGUCCACUAAGUGCUCUUCUGUAAGAGUUGAAAGAACAAACACAAAAAGCUUUUCACCAAGGAGUGAAGUCUUGCCUCCCACAAAAGAAGAAGCUGAUAUCGAGGUUUCUAAAUCUUCCAAAAAAGUCGAAAAAACCAUCACACAGGAAAUUACAAAGAUGGCAAAGAGUGAGGUUCUCUCUCCCACAAAAGAAGAAGCUGAAAUCGAGGUGCCUAAAUCUUCCAAAAAAGUCGAUGAAACCAACAUGAAAAGAGGUGGCAAUAAAAAUGAUGCUGAUGUGGAGGCCAGAGAAGUAUAUCUAACAAUGGGUGGGCCAGGGCCUGUUUCUGAGAUGCAUGAUACUUCCAUUCCUGCUUUACAUUCUUACUGGAAAUAUGAAAAGUGUACUUUAACGGAGUUUCUUUGGAAUAAAAAAUUGGUUAUGAAAAGCUAUGUGGAUGAAGUCGAGUUGUUUGUACUCUCAUCUAAAUUCCUACAACUAAAUUCUCAAGAAUUUGAAGGGAAUUACUUUCUUUGGGGAGUGUUUCGGGCAAACAUGGUGAAGAAGGACACAUCAUCAAACUCAAUUGUUGUGCAUCAAAAUCAGAAUGAGAAUGCGAAUGACUUUCCUCCAGGUUUUGAGAAAAUGCACAACCCUCCUCCUCCUCAAGGUUGA